UACUAAAAUAGGGUUUCGUUAAGCUGCUCAAUUUCAGAAGCCCCUUCUCUCCACUCUACUCGAUAAUUACCUAAGCUUGUGGAUUAUAAUUCUUUUAUUUUGGAUUCGAUCCCUCUUUUUUUUGUGUAUUAUCGAAAUUUAUGAAUGUUUUUUUUCCGUUAAUUUCCUGUGAAAAUCGCCACUUCUCCGCCGAUGGCGCUUCCUCUCGGCAAGCUAUCGCUCAUCGUUGGUGCAGGCCUCGUGGGAUCUGUUCUUGCCAAGGAGGGCCGGAUAUCUAAUGUUUCUGAUUUUUUCUCUGGUGCAUUUAAGAUAGUUUUCAAGCAACUUAAACAAGAUGUUCCCGCUACCUCCCAACCCAAACCUCGAAAUGAUUCUUUGAUGCAACAGGUUAACAGCCUACGAGAAGAGCUGCAACUCUUGGCAUCAAAUAGAUCUGUUACAAUUGUUACCGGAGAACGAUCAGCAUCUGGUAAAUAUGGAAUGGUAAUUAUUACUAUAGUUGCUGGAUAUGGCUACAUUUGGUGGAAGGGUUGGAAGAUUUCUGAUAUGAUGUUUGCAACAAGGCGUGGCUUAAAUGAUGCCUGUUCUUCUGUAGCUAAACAGCUUGAAACAGUUUACUCCUCAGUUUCAGUCACUAAAAAACAUCUGUCCUCGAGAAUUGACCGAGUAGAUUGUAAAAUUGAUGAAGUUGCUGACCAUACAACAGCAACGAAAGAUGAGAUAUCUGAUCUGCGAGGCAAUGUAAAAUCAAUUGAUUCAAAAUUCCAGAAUGUACAUCAUGUAGUCCGGUCAUUGGAAACAAAGAUUAGCAGAAUAGAAGUGAGACAGAAUCAACUGAACUCUGGAGUUGAAAAUUUGGUAGGCUAUGCAUAUAAUCUCGAGCUCGAGAAGAGCAAAAGCAUGGAGCAAAUUGAGGGAGCAUCUAGUUCCUCCAGGCCUGCCCUUGAACUGCCAAAAGUAUCUCCAUCAAGGUCCGUGUCUAUGCCCAUCAAGGCUUUAGGUGAGCCACCAUCACCAUCUACUGGUAACGGAUCUCUUAAGAAACAGGUUACAUUCCCGUCUCCUGCUUCAGGCCUCAAGGAACUGUAUGGAACAUCAGACGAUGCUGGAGUGUCGGACUCAAGCAGUCCACUGAGUUCGAAUGGGACUCGUGCUUCUGAAGAAACAAGUCCAGACACCGCCACGAGUGGUUUGUUUGGAGGAUUUUCAGGAUUUUCGUUGCUUACAAGAAGCCGCAGCACGGUGCCAACUGCCAAGUAGAGUAGGUUGUAAUUGCGGCCACAAGAAGCAAUUUUAGGAUAUAAAUUAGUAGUGUAGAUCCGAGGAGAGGGUUAUACAUCUCCUAUAUAAGGAAAUCCGAAUUUUGUAUUUUAUGCCUCUAUAUUCUGCCAAGAGAUGGAAGUAUUUUUGUUAGAAAGUAAUGGGAGAAAGGUAAAUAAAUGAAUACCCUCAAUUGUAUUUUCAUCA